AUGAUUAAGGUGCCCUGGUACUUGAUUGUUUUGCACCCAUGCCUGAUGGGAGCAACUGGCGCAACUGGCGCAACUGGCGCAACUGGCGCCACUGAAGCAGCUGCUCCUAGCCUUCGCCCUCUGCACUACAAUCUCAGUCUGCUGACCGAGGUGGACCCGGUGAAGCUGAGUGGAACCUUCAACGGCGAGGUCACCAUCCGGCUGCGCGUUUGGCGCGAUACUCGCACCAUUGUCCUCAGUAAUAAUGGCCUGCGAGUGAGUUCAAACGUGCGGCUAUUCCGGAGCAACACCGGUGGCCGGGUGACGGUGCGCAAAGUGUGGCACGUUCAACGGCUUCACCAAUUUGCCAUCGUCUUCAAUAGCAUGCUUUGGCUGGGCGAGGAGUACAUCCUGGUGCUCCAGUUCAGUGGCCAGAUGUCACGAGCCAGUGGCUACUUUGUGGCCCGCUACUUGGAUUCCAAACAACAUCCGCAGUGGGUAGCGGUCACGCAGCUGGCUCCCAAUCUGGCCAACACCCUCUUUCCCUGUUUCGAGAAUCGCACCUUCCUCGCUCCCAUCAUUCUUAAUUUGGCGCAUCCUAGGGGCACCAAUGCCGUGAGCAACAUGCGCGUGCGCAAGACCUUCGAACAUGAAAGUGAUGACUACAUAUGGACUACCUUCCACCAGACCCCAGCGAUGUCUCUACAGAGAUUGGCCUUCGCCAUCAGCAGGUUCACGAAUGGAACGUCCGUCGAAAUCCCAAAAGGUCCCGCGCUGACCACCUGGCUGCGACCCAAGAUCGCCAAUCAGGGCGAGUACGCCAUACGCAUUACAUUGCAGAUAAUGACCUACUUUGUUACCCUUUUCGAAAUGCCGUUCCCUGAGCCGAAGAUUGACCAACUGGUUCUGCCCGACACGGCUUAUCAGAGUCACGAGCAUUUGGGAUUCGUGAGCUACCCGGAGGCAGCAUUCCUCUACAGCGAGCAGCGCUGGACGACUGGGGCCAAGCAGCAGGUGGCCAGUCACGUUGCCCGCGAAAUCGCACACCACUGGCUCUCCGAUCUGGAGAAUCCCGCCCUCUACUGGCUGCACUAUGGCCUAUCCGAGUAUGUGGCCGGCUUUGCCGUGGAUACUGUGGAGCCCGCCUGGCGGCUUCAUGAGCUUUCCAUGCUUCGACAGGCAUUUGCCGUUCUAGACGAGGACUCCAGGAACAGUGCUCAAGCCGUGAGUCUGGCCCACGCCCACGCCUCCUCGGAUACCCAGGCGUACCACAAGUUAGCCCUUCUAUUCCGCAUGCUGCACUCAGUCAUUGGCUCCCAGGUCCUUGUCAACGCUUUGCGCCUGUACCUGCACUCGCCCAAGGGAUCCUCCCCCAAUCAGGCGUUCCUGUGGCACAUAUUGCAAGAGGAGUCCGACCGCCAGAUGAGCUUGCGUCAGGACAUUAGAGUAAGCCAGCUGAUGGACUCGUGGACAAUGCAACCGGGUUAUCCGCUCAUCCGAGUGGUGCGCAACUAUGAAACCAACCAGGUGACCGUGACCCAAGAGCGUUAUCUGCGCAAUCCUGGCAAGCGGAUGAAGAAACGCCACCAAUGUUGGUGGGUGCCACUGACCUUCGCCUCAGCGGUUCGCCAUAGCUUUGUAUCGACGCUGCCCAGCGAAUGGCUGACCUGCCGGGCCAGAAAGACCGCCAGUCCGCUUAUCCUUAACGAGGUGGCCCUACCGUUCGAGUGG